UUAAUAGAAAACGGACCACAGGAGACCAGAGCAGACCUCCGCGGUGUUCGUCCAUCAUCACCGGCAUAUAUUUCCUUUGGCAUUCCCUCCAAAGUCAAACCGAUCCUCAAACCCUCUUUUAACAUUGCAAACCACCAACACCGUCAUCCUCCUUCAUCCGCCAUGGAACCCCGCCAAGUCGACCAAUUCGAGCCGGAACUUCAACUACCACGCCUCCGUAUCAAUCCCUCCUCUCCUCCUCGCGUCCCCAUUACCACUCCUACCCCUACCUCCGCUGCCCAACGCCGAAUCGCCAUCGCCGUUGAUCUCAGCGAUGAAAGCGCUUAUGCUGUUAAGUGGGCUGUUAAUAACUACCUCCGCCCCGGUGACGCCGUCAUCCUCCUCCAUGUCCGUCCUACCUCCGUCCUGUAUGGCGCUGACUGGGGCUCGAUCAAGCUCCAUAUCAACGAUAAUAACGAUAGCUCAUCUCUGGACGAAAGUGAUCACAAGAAGCUGGAGGACGAUUUCAAUAAUUUCACUACCACGAAAGCCAAUUCCGUAGCGCAGCCGCUGGUUGAGGCGCACUUUCCAUUCAAAAUCCAUAUCGUGAAGGACCAUGACAUGAAAGAGAGGCUAUGUUUGGAGGUGGAGAGGUUGGGGUUGAGCGCUGUGAUAAUGGGGAGCAGGGGUUUUGGGGCGGCCAGGAGGAAUAGCAAGGGGAGGCUGGGAAGCGUGAGCGAUUAUUGUGUGCAUCAUUGCAUUUGUCCGGUGGUAGUUGUGAGGUACCCAGAUGACAAGGAGGGGGAGAGCGAUGGUGAUGGUGGAAAAGAGGGUAGUGUGAAGAAAGGAAUUAUUGGAACGGAGGCAGAGCUUCACCCUGUUCCUGAGGAGGAACAGGAAUAUCAUGAUGCCUCUGAUGAGCAGAAAGAUUUUUAACAAGUCCCAGGGCGAAGGCAAGAUCCCCAAUUACAGCUAAGAGUUAAAGCACACGAUAACAGGUUGAGGUGAUGAACUGCAAAGAACUUCCAAAAGAGUUUGAUUGAGAAUUUAUUGUUGGGGCGGUGGGAUUGUUGCCUUGUACAUAUGGAUCAUGGUUGCAGUGUUGGUUUCCUUCUCUAUUUCUAGUAUAAUUCAAUGUCAAGUGUUACAGUUGCUUUGAGAAUGCUACUAGCCUUUUCAUGUUAUACUAUUGUCUUGUUGGAACUGGCUUCUGGGGUUGUAUAAAUUCAUUUACAGCUUUA